AGAUCAGGGGGUAUAACGUGCUUUACCUGAUCCAUAAAUUGGUUUUUCGCACUGGCCCCACUCCACGCUUCGAGACCUCAGAGAGAAAGAAAAUCCUUCGUCCCUCGAUCUAGGGUUCUUCUUUGCGCGAAAUAUGGCUGAUUCUCCUCGCAAAAGGUAUUCACGGUCUCCUUCCCCUUAUGCCGCUCAAUCUCGAUCCAGGUCAAGGUCAAGGUCCAGAUCCAGAUCUAGAUCCUGGUCAAGGCCAAAGGGCAGGUCCGGGUCCAGAAGUCGAGGGAGGACUGAAGCUGUGAAUACUGGGAAUACACUUUAUGUGACUGGGUUGUCUACAAGGGUCACAGAAAGAGAACUUGAAGAUCAUUUCUCUAGGGAAGGGAAGGUAAGUUCCUGUUUUCUGGUUGUGGAGCCCCGUACACGAGCCUCUCGUGGUUUUGCUUUUAUCACAAUGGAAACUCUAGAGGAUGCAAAUCGCUGCGUCAAGCGUCUCCAUCAGUCAGUUUUAGAUGGCCGGUGCAUUACAGUGGAGAGAUCCCGGAGGAAGCGCCCCAGAACUCCCACACCGGGUCACUAUCUUGGGUUGAAAAACACUAGGGACCAUGGCUAUCGUGGUGACCGUGGUAGAUCCCGUGGAGGACACGAUGACUAUGACUAUCGGAGGUCUCCAAGGCGCUCGCCAUAUCGAGGCAGUCGUGAUUACUCUCCCCGGCAUUCGCCUUAUGGUGGAAGGUCAAGAAGGGAGAGAUCGUAUUCCCCUUAUGGUGGCUCAGAAAGGCACUAUCCUCGUCGUUAGGUCUUAGUAUCCGUGGAGGUUUAAUUGAACCAGGGAAAAAAACACUUUCUGAAGACUCAUUCGGGAUAUGUUGUGAUCUUUAGUUUGUACUAGAUUGAGUGGAAUCGCCUUGUUUAAGGACUUAUAUAUGUUGCCACAUUUGUAGCCUACUUGUUUGUGUAGCGUGCUACUCAUAUGGUUUGGUGUGUCCAGGUUCCUACCCAAGUUAUCUGAAGUUUUAUUGGUUAACA